AUGAAUGACAAUCCUGAUUUCUCAUUUGAUCUGUUUGAAUUCUAAGGCUUUUUGGGUCAAGGGUCCUUUGGGACUGUGUUGAAGGCCCUAAAUAAGGAGACCCAACAAUUGGUGGCAGUCAAAAAGAAAUCCCUGUUGCAAUUGGAGUAACUAUUGUAGGAGGCUCAUAUUUUGUAAGAGUUGCAACAUCCCAACAUUGUGAAGUUUUUUGGAGUACAUGAGACUGAGUCCAGGAUACUUAUCGAAAUGGAACUCAUUUAGGGAGGCUCUUUAAGUUCCAUCCCCAAGUGUUCCGAAGAGCAGAUCAAAUACAUAAUGUAUUAAAUAUUCAAUGCCUUACAAUACAUGCAUAACAAUAACAUCGCCCAUAGAGACCUCAAGCCUGAAAACAUACUCGUCACUCAUGAUUUGAGCCUCGUCAAAGUAACAGAUUUCGGCUUAAGCACAGGAUACGCCUCCUUAAUGACUAAACAAUGUGGAACACUCAUUUAUAUGGCACCUGAAUAAUUAAAUAAUAAGAUAUACAACAAGGCCAUCGAUAUAUGGGCUGCUGGAGUGAUUAUGUAUCAACUGAUCGUUGGAUAACACCCUUAUUAUAAAAAGGGCUGUGAUGUAAGUUAAUCACAAUUGCAGAUGCAUGAACAAUGCAAAACGUAUCUUAAUGAUAUAUAAUAUAGUCUAUUUCGAAGGUUAACAGAAAUCAAUCCAACCAAAAGAUACAGUGCCACUUAAGCAUUGUUACAUCCCUGGUUCAAUUGCGGUAAUGAUGAACCAUUAACCAUGGAGGAGCAAUUUCAAAAGUGGAAACAAUCGCAAAAGUUACACAAAUUCAUUCUCACUCUAAUGCUACUGAAUAAGAUGGGAUACAAGAAAUAGUUGAACGAUAAGGAAUUUUAUAAUGAAAUGUCAAAGAAGAUUAAUCAAAUCAAAAAGUAAGAAUUCUUAUUAGGCAAUUAUGAUUAACUUUUUGCAGACUAUUAGAAAUCCUUGACUGAAGAUCAGAAAAGCAAAAUCUCAUGUGUUUCCAAUAAAAUGGAUUAAAAUACUCGCAUUGAUCUGCACACUACUAUAGAUUCAACCAAGUAAUCACAUUCGACCAUUCUGUAAUCUUCCAAAUUAUUAUUACCCUUCACUUCCAAAUAGCCAAUUAGAGUGGUCAACUUGAAUCUGUAGAAUCAAACACCUACUGUGAUCGAAGACAUAGAGUAGGAGCAAAUGAUGAAAUUAUCAGUUCACAGGAAUAAAGAAAAACAAGAAAAGCCAAUUAUCAGAUAAUAAUUAAUAAUUUAAUCAACUAAACUAAAUCAAACCACUGAAGAUAAUCAAUAAUUAAUUUAAGAUAUUAAAAUAUCACAUUAAUAAAAUAGUGAAAAACAAUUAGAAUAAUCAACCACUCCAAGUCCAACCAAAUCCCCACAAACACUGAAAAAAAGAAGAGUCAAAAAAUAAUAGUUAAAAUAGUAUUUGAAUGAAGACAUCAUUUAAACCAAUUAUCAAUAGAUGCACAAUGUAAUCUAAGUCUCAUAAUAAGAGUACAACAACAAUAACAUUAGACAAUAAUCUCCGUUGACUAAAAAUGCAUUCAAAAUACAAUUGAAACCUUUAAAUCAUCUCCCUUCCAUGGCUAGUUCUUAACAUAAUAAUCCAAAUCCCUCAUUGCGUCCUCGAAAUUAAAAGCAUUCUGUGGAUAGAGAAUUCUAUGCCCCUCCAAUUUUAGAUCUCAGCAAUCUAGCCUUAGAAUGCAUGAGUCCCAAAUAACGCCAGACUCGAGCAAUCAGUUUGAGUAGUUAACGAAGAGUUUAUGCUAAUGAAUUUCAGCCCUACAGAGUAUUAGGAGUCAUUGGGAGAAAUAAUCAGGAUUCUUUUAAUAUAAAAUGA